CAUCAUUCCUUCACUCACUUGUGACUCCUGCAGAUCAUGGACUACAAGCAACAAGCAAUGUACAGCAAUGGCGGUUCGGGCAACUUUCGACUGAGGAUGGUGAACUUUGAAAUGAAAGAAAACCACAUUUCCCAUGAGACCCAGGAGCUAAGUGAAACUCGACUGGUGGUACGACGAGGAAAACCAUUCAAACUAACUCUGCUGUUUGGCGGUCGGGCAUGGAAUCCUCACACUGACAGGGUGGUGCUGCUGGUCCGCUUAGGGAAUCUGGCACGGAGCAUCCCAGUUUUGUUCUCAGAUCAAUGUUCAAACCUCCACAAAUGGUCGGCUAAAGUUUAUUCCAGAGAGAGACAUGCUCAUUCAGUCAUCGUCCACAUCUGCUCCCCGGUUCUGUCUGCGGUGGGUGUCUAUGAGCUCCUGGUUCAAAUAGAGACACUCUGGGACAAACGUAUUUACUCAGUGGGAGCAUUUGCGCUGCUCUGCAAUCCUUGGCUGCGAUAUGAUCCAGUAUACAUGCCACAGGAAGCGCAGAUAGAGGAGUAUGUCAAGAGUGAUUUUGGAUUGGUGUAUUGUGGCACUUCAGCAAAUGUUCAGAGUCGGCCCUGGUCAUUUGGUCAGUACGAGCCUGGAGUCCUGGAGGCAUGUCUGACGCUACUGCAAAUCAGCCCACAGCACCUACGUGACAGCGACAGAGACUACAUCUCACGAGCAGACCCUGUUUACCUCUCUUUGGUCAUCUGUGCCAUGGUAAACUGCAAUGAUGAUUUGGGAAUUCUGCUUGGAAGAUGGACAAAUGAGUACCAUGAUGGUGUCAAGCCAACAGAUUGGACCGGCAGUGCUGAUAUCCUCCGCCAGUGGCUCUUAUCCAAAUUCAAGCCUGUGCGCUAUGGGCAGUGCUGGGUCUUUGCAUCGGUCCUCUGCACAGUUAUGAGAGCUCUGGGGAUUCCUUCGAGGGUGGUGACCGUUUUCAAUGCAGCCCAUGACACUGAUGCCAACACCACCAUUGAAGAGUACUACACAACCACCGGGGAGAAACUUAACUUGUCCAAAGACAGCAUCUGGAACUUCCAUGUAUGGGUGGAGUGUUGGAUGAAGAGGUCAGACCUCAGUCCAGAGUUUGAUGGCUGGCAGGUGGUGGACCCAACACCCCAAGAGAAGAGUGAAGGGAUAUUCCGUUGCGGCCCGUGCCCGGUUGCUGCCAUCCGGCAACACUGCUUUCGUGUGCCAUACGACACCCCGUUCCUCUACGCAUCUGUUGAUGGGGAUGUUCGCCGUCUGAUUAUGCAUAACGGACUUGUGGUUGGGGAAAAAGUGGACACCGAGACUGUGGGACAGCUAAUAUGCACCAAAAGCAUCGGAUUGAACAGUCUAAACGAUCUGACAAAUACGUAUAAGGGCUUAAAAAAACUGCAGAGACAGAACCCGAGAUGUGUUCAAUAUUCUGCACAGAGAAUGGUAUGCAGGGCCACUUCCAUGCUUUCUGCAGAUGUUCGUGGUGAACACAGGCCCAGUAAUUCUCUCUCUUCUGAAGAAAAUUAUAUGGGACAAAUGUCCCCCAGUUUGGAGGUGUCCUUAACCACGGAGGGGUUGCCCAUACUAGGAAAGAGCAUCCGCUUGUGUGUUAAAGUCACAAACCGGUCAAACAAGGCAAGGACCCUGAGGGAAAAUGUCAGCGCUCAGCUGAAAGAGUACAACAGCAACCCAGAGAAGAGCUUUUGGAAAGCACAAAAAGAAGUUCACAUACAGGCUAAUAAAGAUUUGACGCUCCACCACAACAUCCCUUAUUCUGACUAUGAGUCCAUCUUGGCAGUUGAUGGUGUUGUGAAUGCAGCGGUAGUAAUGCAGGACUCAAUGACCAAUGAAUGCAUCCUGUCUGCACAAGAAUUCUGCAUGAACUGUCUACCAAUAACAUUGGAGAUAGAAGGAGAUAGUGUCCAAAUAAAGAAAGAGAAAACAGCUCAUGUGACCUUCACCAACCAGCUUGAUAGACCUCUGUCUGGAGCUGUCCUGAGUGUGGAGGGAUCUGGUUUGUUAUAUGGAAAGCAGGAGGCCAGGGUGGGUCUCCUUCAGCCAGGAAAGAAGAUAGAGAAGAAAGUGUCCAUCAUGGCCGCUUCACAUGGAACUAAACUACUGGUGGCUACUUUGUCACACAGCAACAACUCCUUCACUGUUUCCAGGAGCUACCAUAAAGUUACUGUUAAGGCGACAUGACUAUGAAGAGCCCUGAAGAGUCUUGGAGCCUUAUUUUAUUCAUCGCUGUAAACAAAGGCUUAUUUUAAUGCUGUAAUAUGAUGUUUAUUUUGCCAAGCUGAACUUAAAUUAAAAUUCGAGUGUCUUAAUUCACUGAUUUAAACACAAAAUUCUAUAUAAUGUUAUAAGUAGUAUUUGUGUAGCUUUUUAUGACAUUACACAAGGCAUACCAUAGAUAUGAGCACAUGUAAUCCACUGAUAGAUCAAGAUAUUUGUACAAUAAAUGGACCACUGUUACCACUGAAAUACAAUGCAUCAGCUGACUCUAAUAUAAUUUUUUAUUUCAGAAAGGAGUUUUGAAACAGAGCAAUGGUACUGUACACUUUUCAUUUGCCAGAAAUGGUUGAUUUGUGAGACGGAUGGAAAUAAGUGUCUGUGAAUACUCUUGUUUUUCCAUUUCUCAGAUUUCUUUUUCCAUACUUUUCAGACCAUUUCACAUUGAUCCACACUUUUUCCAGACAGUGUAGGAAUCCUGCUCAUACCACUAUGCAGUUAAGACCAAAAUUGUUCAUACCCCUGGCAGAUUUACAUUUAAAUGAAUAUUUUAAUUUUAUCACCAUCUUUUUUUGUGACUGGAAGUCAUAUAAAUGUUUUGGAGAUGCCCAAAACAUUUAUAUGACUUGAAGCCCUCACUCGAAUCUGAGAUUCUGUGAAGGGAGCUAAAGAUUAGGGUGAUGAUAAGGAGGCCUUCCAAACUCUGAGAAUUGGACAUAACUCCUCAAAAAUACCAGUGGAGGCAUGCAUAAAGCUAGUCAGCAAAUAUUAGACAGGUGUGAUGGCUGUAAUGCUAAUAAAGGUUUUAUAACUUCAUCAUUGAGAAGAAUAGAAAUAAUAUUUGACAUGCAUUUUACAUUACAUUUACAUUUUUAUAAAAUUUAAAUAAAACAGAAACGGAUACUCCUUUGA